AGUGGUAAAGUGAGUGUUCAUUGCAAAUAUUCGACGUUACAUUUUUAACGUAUUUACAAGAGUGUAUAGCUUUUAUUAUGUGAAAAAGUGUGAAAACAUGUGGGAACAAUAGAAAAUAUUUGAAUAAACUGCUUACAAGGUUUACAAGAGUGGGACAAUGAGCAAGCAUUUUCCCGCGCAUUUAUCCGGUCAUUAUAACAAUAUGGCGGAACUUCAAAACACGAAGAGAGAAAAGAGGGAGGAAGAAGGAGUGAUAAUCAAUUAUCAAAGGCCGAGAGAAGAAAAAUGUAAUCAUACGGAGGAAGAAAAUGGAUUCAACGUUCAAAGGUAAGUCGACGACGAUAUUGUUUCUUCUUUUUCAUAUUACAUGGUUCGUUCGUGAGCGAAACAAAUGUGCGAUACACGAUUGGCGAAAAUUCGAAACGAUCGAAAUAGCUAUACCGAGUAUGAUGAGAUCGAAUCGGGGCACGAGUGGAAAAGAGAAAUUUCGUUGGUAUCGUAACACGCGGACAGUCCGCGUGCAGUGAUCGAAUGACGACAGGGGGAUGGUGCGCGCGUUCCUCCGUUCGAGAAUCGGUGCGCGUUGCACCCUUCUGCGCCAGCGUAUCAGAGUUCGCAACACACACGAGUAGCGUGUCCUGCCGCGCGCGCCAAGUGUCUAGGAGAGGAAACGCAGCGACGGAGCCGAGCUAAACUCGGCUUUCCUCGACCGAGCGUAGGCGCAGUCUCUCAUCGUCAGUCUUUCUCGCCCCCAGCUUCGAGGGAGCACGCUUCCGGAGUCAGAUCUAUCUUGGAGUGUGUCCACCUCGUCUCAACCCUUAGCUGUCCUCGGUCACUGACCCGAUACACAUAUCGGCCCGUUCUCGCAAUUCACGCGAUCUCUCACAGUUGUGCUGCGUGCAGUGUGGUCGCGAGAAGUGUUGUUUGCGGGGUGCUGCAUUUUCGGUAUCGCUGCACAGGCAAGAAUAAAUAGAAAAUAUUUCGGUGCGAAUAUACCGUUUUGUUCCCCCUUUUUUCCACUGGUCGUUGUCAUUCCGUUCGUACAUACCACCCCACUCCGAACUUUAUCGUUCUCACGAGUCGCACGAUUAUCGGUGGCUCGAGUCGCAACGCGCGACUGUACGCGAGACGAGUCUAUCAGAGAAGCGUCGGGAAGCAUGGUGGAUCAACAGCAGCCGGAGCAGCAACAGGAAGCCGUGCCAAGCGUGGUGGAGUUGAACGUGGGCGGUGUGUUUUAUACCACCGCUCUGACCACCCUUACCCGGGAGAGCGAUUCUCAUCUGGCCGCAUUGUUUUCCGGGAAAACGCCGGUAGAGAAAGAUGCGAAGGGGAAAUAUUUUCUGGAUCGAGACGGGGUACUGUUCCGUUACGUGCUUGAUUUUCUGCGCAAUCAAGCGUUGGUUCUGCCGGAGGGGUUUCGAGAGAAGGAGAGAUUGAGGCAGGAAGCAAAUUUUUACGGUCUGCCUGGAUUGGAACGUGCCAUUCUGGAGAACGGCAAGUCUUCCGGUUCCCUGACCUCUUCCGGGAAGAGAGCAUCCGGACACAUAACUGUCGGUUAUCGCGGAAGCUUUGCAUUCGGUCGCGAGGGUCUGGCGGAUGUAAAGUUUCGGAAGCUGUCGAGGAUCCUUGUAUGCGGUCGUGUGACCCUUUGUAGGGACGUGUUUGGGGAAACUCUGAACGAAAGCCGUGAUCCGGACCACGGCACUACGGAUCGUUACACCUCGAGAUUCUUCCUGAAGCACAGUUCCAUCGAGCAAGCUUUCGACAUGCUUCAAGAGCAAGGUUUUAAGUUGGCCGGUAGCUGCGGUUCCGGUACAGCUGGCGGCAAUUCGGAACAACUCAAGCCUGGAGUGGAUUUUGAGGAGAAUCGUUGGAAUCAUUACAACGAGUUCGUCUUUGUCCGCGAGUAAAUAGCAUACUUCGUUCUUCCUUGGUCUGAAUUAGAUGAACAAGUGGGAAUAGUUGUUGGGAAUAGUCGGUUGUCCUUUCGACACGAUCGACCAACAUCCAAUUCCAACGAAUCGAAAUAGAAUUCUCCGAUCUUCUCCGUCGCUGACGACGGCAAAGAGGGAAUUGGCUUCCUCCAGACUUUUCUUCCUUUUCGAACCGAGAUCGCAACCGGUAGGAUAAAGAGUAGAUGAACAUUUUUUUCGUCGUCAACACACGACCAUUGUGCAUGUAUUAUUCGAAUUCGUCGAGCUAUUAUUGCAACGAUAAUGCCAAUCAAUUCCUCUUUCAAAUGUUCUUCCACGAACGAGAUAUGGAAAGGAUGUUGAUCAAAGAGGCACGUAACGUUAUACGUGGAUGGAACCGAACGGAUGAAAUUCGUCUGCGAGCGGGGGAGUAGAGAUCUUUAUUGAAAUUAGCAGACUCGUCUCUAACGCGUGUAUUUCGACGCGUGGUGUUGAACGUCGGUUGAAAUACUUUGGGGAGGGGUGAAACAAAGCGAAGUUCACUUUGCUUAAUUUUGCGAUAAUUGGCGGUAGAGACAAAGGCCAAAGAAACUUGGAAGACUACGAAGAGAAUAACACCGGAUCGUCGGGUUUUUACAAGUUUCGUUUCAUCGUUUCGCUAGUUAUAACGAAGAAUGUAUAAAUUUUAUCGAUCUGUGAAAGAUCUCUCCUUGUUGCAUCGAAGAGGAACACGAAGGAUUUUGAACAAUAAGGAAAAAUCAAUAUUUAAUCGCCAGAUUCGGAAAAAAGUAUGAAACGAAAAUCCCUUCGCUCUUCUCUUCCCCGUUUCUUUUUCAAGAUUCAAAUAUAUUCACUACAUAUUCUACGAUUCAUUCUUCGCGCUUAAUCGUUCGCUCGCUGAAUAUUAUAUUCUCCCAGAUUGAAUCGAAAAAACUUUUUUCCCCUCGAAAAAUACGAUCUAAAGUUUGGUAUUGAUGAUCGGAGAGACACGUUGAGAAUGCAUUCUUCUUCCUUCAUCGCUCGAGAAGAACAAGGCGGGAUAUUUCCAAGGAUAGAACGGAGAUGGAAUGCGUCUUUUCCGAUUUUCCACUCGCCACCGAUACAAAUCAAAGAGGAAAUUUCAAAUAAGGAAAAUUUUAACAAGACCAAGUAGCGUAAAGCCAAUCGAUAAAGUAUCUCACAUUGAAAUUAUUUUAAAACGGGUAUCAAAACUUGUUGUACGAAGAAUUGUACGAUUCCAAGAAUUAACAGGGUGUACACCUUAAAUUUCUCUACUAAAUGAUAAAAAAAAAAACAAUUCAUUCAUCUCUAUCGAUACAUACUAUUAUCAUCUCGACAAAGCUGAAAGGAGAACGGAGGAGGAUUGGAUUGAAGAUUCAGCUUCAGACAACGCUGGUCGACUGUUCGAGGUUGAAUUUGAUAUUGGACAGUUUGCGGGUGUUAUAUUGGAACAAGCCUCGUGCAACGUAAAUUGUGUGUACGUACAAGCCAGCAACGGUGUUGAACACAUGUCGAGCGAUUUCGAGUAACGCUUAUAUCGAGAACGCAUCCCUUCAAUAUUCGUUCUUUGUUAGACUCUUUAUUACGCGCGACUGGCCUUCGUUUUCGCGUGCAUGAAAUUGUGCAGUGUAAGUAACACAGAAAUUACACUCGCUUUCGACAUUUCCGUGUAGCACGUAUUUAUUUCUUACUUAACACUUUAGACAAACAAUAAUUGAAUUAUUAACUUCUUAGGCGGCGUGUUUGCAAACGUGUUCUCGCGCCUACGAUCGUGCAGAAAUUCGAUCGAAUUCGUCUCGUCUUGAUCAGAAAACUGCUCGAACGAUUAAUUCGUAAGAACGCUCGAUGAUCGUUUUUUGAACGAGUUUAGCGGCGGGAAAAAAAGAGAAACGGAAUUAUCGUCGACAAGACGUAUGGGCGGAACUUUGAUUUUUAGACGAGUUUUCCUUUGCUUCUUCUUGCGGUUUACAUUUCGUGAAACGAGUUUUAACUUAGGAAAACCAAAUCUUCUGCGUUUUAUCGACUAGUCAGAUUUAUUUAGUUAGUUAGAUUAUCGCGAAAUAAUUUCUAAAAGGUAUUCUAAUAUUUAAAAAAAUUCGUUCACUGGAAUGAAAACAAUUUACGAAUUACGUAUUGGAAAUAAAUUGAAAAUAUUUUUGCUGGAAAAGAAUUCUGCGUUUCCAGAGAAUUUCGCAGAAAAAUUGUAAAGUUUCUGGAUUGGAAAAGAUCGAAACGCACAGGUAUUCUUCGAAAUUCUUUCGAAACGGCCGCAAUUUUUCAACAUGAACGCUUGCGAUCGAGUCACGAUUAAGUAAAUUCUCUCCGCCCGAAAGGAUUCAAAUGCCGAAUCCAUCCGAAGAUUCGCAAAAAAUUUUUUUCACCCUUCCUCCUCCUCCACCCAUUUUCCCGUUUUCCAUUUCAAUCGGCACGCACGCAACUUGAAUUGAUCACAGUUUCCGCGCGAUCGUUUUCCAGCGAGACAAUCUUAUCGCCGACUCACGCGAACACAGAUUCCUUUCUUCCGACACACUAGUUCUUAUUAGAUUCCGGAUAGAAUUAUUUACGACGUCGUGUUGCGUUCGCUUCAAAUCGACUGCUCGCCACCACGGAUGCGAGUAACGGCGCACGGAUCGUUUAGAUAGCUCGAAUAGAUUUGCAAAAUGGUAGAACGUAAAACCGGAUAUCGAGAGCUCAAACAUUUCGAAGUUAAAUCGGAUAGAAAAGAAAAGAAGUAGCGAUCGAUGCGAUUCGUAUGUUGAUUUAUUAUUAACCCAUUUUUUGUCCUCCUAGGAUAUUUUAAAUAAUUGUCAAAAUAAAUCCAACAAUAUUACGCCGCUAUGUAAAAAUUAAAACUGCGGAAUAUCGGGUUAAUAUUUCAGAAUUACUUAAAUCGAUCUCCCCGCUUCGAAUAUUUUACGCCCGCCAUUACAUUAAAUCGAUUUUCGAGAUUUUCUUUUCCUUCUCGAUUUUUCUCGACAUUGUAACCCUCCAUUCUCGAUACCGCACAAGUUCAGUUGCACGUGGAGGCCGCAAAAAGCCUCCGCUUUCGGUACGCGAGUCUUUCACCCGGAACAUCGAAAUUCGGCAAGAACAAAGACGAUCACACGGUUGAUCGGCAACACGGCGUGUCAAAGGACGCAAAGGCACGGGCGGCCGAGCCGAGAAUUGGUACAAUUCGACGAGGAAUCGAUGAUGUAAAUCAUCGGCUCGCCGCGAAACGCGAAAACGGGGCCCCGUCGCUCUCCACAAAUGCAAAGUGUCACUUGCACGCCCGGAUAAACCGCCCGCGACCAUUCAUGAGAGGAUCGAUGAAAUGGCACGCGUGCACCGAACGUUGUUUUUCGUUCGACGGGACGGGAUUCGUCUUCCUGUAGGAUCCGCCUUUUUUUAAACUUCAUUUCGUUCGAGACGAGAAACGUUCGCGCGAAAUAUAUAACAGGCCAGCUGCAUCGGAAAUGUGAAAUGUCCAAAGUAUAGGCGAAGCUACGUACUCAAAUUUGACAUAUCAUUGUCGAUCUUUUUAUCGGAUUUAGUAGGAUAUUAAAUUAUUAGUAAUUUAGCGUUUAACGAGAUUGACGUAGUUUCGCGUUUGAUCGAAUUUGGAGUAUACAAAGUAUGCAUCGAUUUUGGAAAAGUAAAUUUUUAUUAGCGAUUGUCUUUGAAACAUUCGAGAGAGCGUGGAUAUUUAUGUGUGAGAAAUGAGAAAUUUAAAAGUAUAUAUAAAAAAAAAAAAAAAUAGAGGGAAUGCACGUAAAUACGUAUAAAGUAUUUAAAAGGAAACAAAAUUUUGAAUUCAUUUUUUCGAGUAUAUCCGGAUAAAAAUAUGAAUUUACGUAAAAGAAAGAAUUCAUUUCAUACGAAUUAGAAGCACCAUCAUCGAUCAUUUAUCGUUUAAAAUUUCGUUUCUUUUGUAGAAAUCUCUACAAAUUUUACGUAUAACGACGUAUGAUCGAUGGAUAAAAUCUAAAAAGGUACGAAGUGGAACUUGAGAUAGGUCAGUGGUCAGAUAUCGCGCGGGGAAUUCCACGAAUCAUGCAAAUCCAAUUGGCCACAUUCUCAAUCCUGAUGUACCUGGCGUGUCGGGCUAAGCUCGAAGGAUCCUCGAAUACAUCUCGACGGUAUCGGUUACCUCGGAUUUAUCUCGUUCGAGCCGUUUCCGUUCCAUCAAUUUUUGCAAUUCAAAAGUGAACGAUCUGGAACAUCACGCGGAUGUACGAUCUUCCGACGAAAAUGGACGAAAAAAAUCAACGAGGAAUUGAAACUUCUACACUAAUUCGUAGAUUAAAGGCGGUCUACUCGAAAAGAAGUUUCGAAAACGAGUAAAUCUAGAAACAAUGGUUCAACACGAUUCUUGUUCGCUCGAACGUCUCGUCUCUUCUUUCCUUCUGGUCGAAAUAAAUUCAUCAAGUAGAGAAGGAUUGCCUCUGACGAACAAACGUGAACGCUCGAGUGGUACGCGAAUUUUAUUGCACAAUUAUUACGAAGCCAUGUUACGUUAUUCGACGGACAUCCGUCGAUCAAAUUUUUUCGUAAAAUUUCAAUUUGGAAAUGGCGUAACGCUUCGAGAGAUAUAUUUAAAUUUAUGGCUCGUCAAACGAAAAUUGGAGGGGUCGGCCAAGAUUAAAUCGAAAAUAGAAAAACAUCCUAUCCUUACAUUCUCUCUCAUCCGAUCCCUUGAUUGAUCUUUCCGUCUCAUCCACGUGUUAAAAAUCAAAGAAAAAGAAAAAAAAACACGCGAUGUCUUCGAUUGAACGCCAUGAAAUUCGCGUUUCCUCCUUUAUUUCCACCUACGCUUGUUUGCCGACGCGAGAAUCCACUUUCGAGCCGCGUUUGUUCCUCGGGAGAGUAUUGCGCGGCUUCACACAAGGAUGUUACGGAUGUAGCGUGUAAGACGGAUGCUACGUUGUGACGAUACUGGAUCAUUGUACAUGUAUAUAUACACAAAUCGAGAGAGGAAAAAUAAAAAGAGUAAUACGA